UUAGGAUGGAUGUAGGUGUGAUUAUUUGGAGUUAGCAGAGUUAACAACAAUGGUUUUAUCUGGAGGUGAACAGUACAGAAUAAGAAACCCUGGGCCUCUACAUCAUGCCAGAUUUAUGGCAAAGGGAAUAUACUUUCUGAAAAUGUAUCUCAAUCUAGACAACAUUCCUAGCUUGACAGAUUUUGAGAGGAAAGAAAUAAACGAUAUGGCAUUUUUCACAGCUGUAUUUUACACUGAUUGGUUUAUAAGAGCUGAAAUCCCAGCCAUUGCUCCAUAUCAGGAUAUGAAAGCUCUUUGGCAAAUGAUGAUAUACUCAAAAUUCAAUCCUGACCAGUCAAAUCCUGUUAUUGAAUCUCUGAAGAGACACACCUGGUACAUAGACCCAUUUAUUGUUGUUAUGUCUCUUGCUGACAAAAAUGUACAAGAACGGAGUGACAUUGCCAAAAAGCUGUACUCUACCCCAAGGCCUACAACUAAUGCCAAAUAAAGACAAAAAGUUGUUUUGAAUUUACUAAACUCCCUUGUGUAUAGUGAUGAUACUCCCCCUAGUCUGACCCCACUGAUUAGAGUUAGUUAAUUUUUCAUAUGCUAAACCAUGCAAAUUCUGAGGUACAAACGCUUAAGACUCCGGUUGAGACAUAGGAUCUAAAUGACUAUUUCCUAGAAUUUAAACAAUUUGUGAAUAAUCUUGAAGUAGUAAAUGACUGCAGUGAGAGGGGUAUAAAACUAGUUCAGGUAUAUAUUAUUUAUGUUCAGUUUAUGUACUUAG